AUGAAGAUGCAGGAAAUCAUUGUACUCCUCUCCCUCAUGGUCGCUGGCAUAAUAUGCCUCGAGUGCCCCGAUCUCUGUCAGUGUGUCUCUUCCAUGAUGGACUGCAAGAAGCCUGGUCUCGAGUCACUCCCACCUGCGCCAUCCAGCAAACUGGAGAUGGUGGUGAUUGCCAACCAAACAUUUCGACGAACCACGCUUGACGGGGAGGCCCUUCGACCCUACUGGAGCCCGGAGCAUGGCGGUCAAAUCCGUUUGCGUUUAUUGAAAAUCCGUAACUGCAACAUAGUCAGUCUCGCGUCGAACGCCUUUGCAAAUUUGGGCUCACAGCUCGAGGAACUUGACCUCAGCGGCAACCCUCUGCACACAAUUGCAGCCCAUGUGUUUACGGGUCUUCGUCUAAAGUCACUCUUUUUAAACAACCUUCUGAACCCGGCAAUCCACGAUCAGGCCUUCUCUAGCAUUACCGAAGUACAGAGCUUGAGUAUUCAAAGCUCUCACUCCACCUCCCUUCCCCUAAGACCUCUCAUUGAGCUUGUUAACUUUCACGGAUUGAAAAGUCUGUCGCUUCGUGGAAACAAGAUCUCCCGUCUGCCACCUGUGUUUGAGCCUGUUUUUCGUCUCUUACAGACUUUUGAAUUAAGUGAAAAUCCCUGGCAUUGUGAUUGCAAUCUUCGGUGGCUCAUCCAGCUGCACAAACUAAGUCGACCGACAAAAACAACGUCUGUAUUGUCGGGAAACAGCGAAAGCUCUAGAAACGAUAUUCGUCAGCCAGUUUGCAUUAGCCCUAUCGAAUUCGCUGGCUACACCUUUGAUGAGGUUACUUUAAACGAAAGUGAAGUGCUUUCAGGUUUACAGAUUCAAACUGCAGUGCCGAAACGACCCAUUUUAUCAUGUGUAAUGCCCAGAGUUGAGCACAUCGAUGUGGACCUGCGGCAACCAAAUUCCGAACUGGAAGUAAGCAACCUUGCUCGAAUCUCCUGUCAAAUGAGGGGAGCCCCAGAACUCCUAAUUAGCUGGGUCUACCACCUCCCCAGUGGAGAGGUCCGGAAUGUUACAGGAAUGGCCAAACAGCAGGAAGAUGGACAUAUGAUGCCAUAUCCGUUUGCACCGCCCCAGCCAAAACGGCUGACAAGCCGACUGUCCGUUAAACAGGUAUCGGAGACAGACGUAUACUCCUGUGUGGGCCAGAAUUUGCUGGGCAACGCAUCGGUUACAGUAAGUAUUCACUGGCCCCAAAACAGACCAGAAGGGAUGUUAUUGCCACCAGAUACGAAUGAUUUCGGGGAAAAGCAACUGCUUGAGGUCAUGCCCAAUGGGUUGGCGGGUCCAGUGGAAGACAUGGAGCAUGGUAUUCUGGCAAAGCGGUUUAGUUUGGUAGACGUCAUCGGUGCCGUACUGGGAACUUUCUUCGUCACCAUGCUGAUGUUCAUUAUCGCUUAUCGAACCUCAAAGCUCUACGUCUAUCGAAGGUCGAAAUUGCGAUCCCAGUCCGAUCUUAUGUUACGACCUCAUGAUAACACGAAGCGAACUCCUGAUGGUACAUCUUCCUCUGGAGCGUCUUCGUCAUUGCUCAAGUUUUCUCAACUUCAAGUUGCCUCAUCCUCUCGUUACCCCCUUGAGUCGAAACAAGCCGUCUAUCAGCACCAGGGUGGAGGUGGAUUCCUAAUGCAGCCAAAGCAACGCGAUUCUGGAACGUUUACUUCACAUUCCACAACGUCCUCACAAAAUGCCAAUGGUCUGGGUGGUGCCUAUGAGACCGUCUAUAAUGAAUCCUGCGCUAAUCAGGUUAUGUACGAGUCACCGGGUGAUAGCCUUGCCGCUACGGCGUGCCACCAAAAUCACCAGCCUUUCUUGUUUCAAUUUGCCCAACCCCCACCAUUGACUGGCUACCCACUGGUAUUUGGUAGUACACUCCCAUCACACAGCGCAUCAACAGCAGCCUUUGCGUUGGGGGUUUCGAAUCCUUCAGCUCCAACAUACAUCCCUCCACCUCCUACUGGGCGGCCGCCGUCGCUUCCGGGAUCCGUUCAGACGCGAGCUGGUCCCUUACAUGUCUACUCUUCCACAAUACAUAUGGCUGAUCAGUUCCCACAGAGUGACGGUGGAGGGGUUUGUUCAUCUGUAAAUGCAGUCCCACAACAUAAUCGCAUUUCCUAA